GCGGGAGGUUUCAUCAGCGGAUGUCGGUAGUCGCCUCGCAGCUUGCCGAACUUUCAAUUUGCCUGCGAGCCCAUCUGCUUGAAGACCAGAAGGAGGUUUCCCUGCGCGGAGGUGGACGCGCCGACCAGGUCACCGAAAGGCACAAGACGUACUCCAUCUCCACUCCUCCGCGAGACCGGUGUCUUAACACUUGGUAUUUAUCUGUGACUGCAAAAUACUGUGAUCACACCUGCCAUUCCUUUGAUUCUGCCAGAUUCAAGUGCCUACUGUGAAAACAUACCCACCUUUCCUUCAGGGCAAAAUUGUACACUAAAUUUUGAUGUAACACACCCACCUGCUCCAACUACUUCUGAACAUUAGUCACCUACAACCCAACAGACUGCAUUGCAUUCCCAUCGUGUCAUUACACACACACUCACCAAAAGGCAGGACACGUGCUCGCUCUUUAUUGUUCACAUAUAAUCGUACAUAAUCUCCCAGAAAACAUGGCUGAAAAGCUGACCCGCUUUGGCAAAAUCCUGCUGCGUCGCCGAACGCUACACUGCUCUGGCGAGGAGACCCGCUUUGCCCGCUGCUUGUCCACCCUGGACCUCAUUGCCCUGGGCGUGGGCUCCACACUCGGUGCAGGCGUCUACGUCCUUGCCGGAGAAGUCGCCAGAGAGAAGGCAGGGCCUGCCAUUGUCCUCUGUUUCCUGAUCGCGGCGCUCUCCUCCAUGUUGGCCGGACUCUGCUAUGCCGAGUUCGGCGCCCGUGUCCCCAAGACGGGCUCCGCAUACCUUUACAGCUAUGUGACGGUUGGGGAGCUCUGGGCCUUCAUCACAGGGUGGAACCUCAUCCUCUCCUAUGUGAUUGGCACGGCCAGUGUCGCAAGGGCAUGGAGCUCAACCUUUGACAAUUUGGUGGAACAGAAGAUCUCAGGGUUCUUCAGAGCCUCCAUGGAAAUGAAGGUCCCUGGGAACGUCCUGGCAGAGUACCCGGACCUGUUUGCCCUUAUCCUGGUUCUGCUCCUGACUGGUCUUCUGGCAUUUGGGGUGAGCGAGUCGGCAUUGGUGAACAAGAUCUUUACGGGAAUCAACCUGGUGGUGUUGGGCUUUGUCAUCAUUUCUGGUUUCGUCAAGGGAGACUCGGCCAACUGGAACCUCACCGAGACGGACUAUCUCAGCUUCUACAAUUCCACCAACAGCACAAAGCCGCUAAAUAUUAAAGAAAACUUUGGCAUCGGAGGUUUCGCUCCAUUUGGUCUCAAGGGGAUUCUGUCAGGUGCCGCCACCUGCUUCUAUGCUUUUGUGGGCUUUGACUGCAUCGCCACAACAAGUGAAGAAGCCAAGAACCCCAUGCGCUCUAUCCCUGUUGGUAUAGUGGCCUCUUUGCUCAUCUGUUUCUUUGCUUACUUCGGUGUGUCUGCGGCUCUGACCCUGAUGAUGCCUUACUACCAGCUAAACACCCAGAGCCCUCUGCCCGAGGCCUUCAACCACGUCGACUGGGCUCCUGCCAGAUACAUUGUAGCUGUGGGAUCCCUGUGUGCCCUUUCAACCAGUCUACUGGGCUCCAUGUUCCCAAUGCCCAGGGUUAUCUAUGCUAUGGCAGAGGACGGUCUGCUUUUCAGAGCUCUGUCCAGGAUGAACACUCGUACCAAAACCCCACUCCUGGCCACUAUAGUCUCUGGCAUCGUGGCAGCCUUGAUGGCCUUCUUGUUUGACCUGGGCGCUCUGGUGGACCUCAUGUCUAUUGGAACUCUUCUGGCCUACUCCCUAGUGGCCAUCUCUGUUCUCAUCCUCAGGUACCAGCCUGGCAGCCUUACUUCCUCCAGCCAGACAGAGAAGCUGGUGGAACUGGUGGGCGGGGAGAAGGUGCCUGUGAGUGGAGGUGACAGCGGUGACGAGUACAAUGAGGAGAUGGAAGACAGGCCCCUGCGAGAGAGCUUCACCCCCAGGCUGCUCUUCUGUCCCAGUGGGAAGAUACCCACGCAGACCUCUGGGAACAUCGUCUAUGCCACUACAGCUAUCAUUUCGGUUCUGAUCACCGUGCUGUGUGUUGUGCUGGCCUCUUACAUCAACCAGCUCCUGGCUGCAGCGCCGGCCGUCCUGACAGUGUGCAUUGUUUUGGCUCUGCUCUGUAGUGUCUGCGUCAUCAUCAUCUGGAGACAGCCCGAGAGCAAAGAGGCUCUCACCUUCAAGGUUCCCCUGCUACCUUGGCUGCCCCUGUUCAGUGUGUUUGUCAACAUCUAUCUCAUGAUGCAGCUGGACAUGGCUACAUGGUGCCGUUUCACCGUAUGGAUGGCUAUUGGUUUUGCUAUUUACUUCUUCUAUGGUAUUAAGAACAGCAGUGAGGCCGCCAACCGGUCCUCACCACGUAAAUAUGAGCCCGCGCUGCAGAGCAAGAGCCCCAUCUACCGGGGGGCUGCCGAUGACAGCGACAUGGAGGGGGGCAGCAGUCCCUGAUACAGACUGAUCAUGACCCAGGGGAGUGUUCCAGGGCAUCUGUAUGUUUUCAUUGCAGCGGUCUGUCAGAAGUAGCUGCAGUGUAGGCACAUUGGAACACACCCCUCAGGUUGGGAGGGUGAAGACGCUAGACAACACCACACAUCUUACCUCUGUUCCGGGGGCUGAUAAUCAUGACUGACUGACACUGUGACAGUGCCGGUUCUCGGCCUGUGUGUCCUUUUUGUUUAGUCUGUUUGCAUUCAGCCUCACUGCUAGUGUCUGGAGAUAUUUACCUGCCUAUAACGAAUGCUUUGACUGGACUUGACUAACGAAUGAAUACUGUUACUCCUAACAAUUUUCCUCCAUCUGAAUCUGUUAUUAACACAAGUAGAAAAAAAGAUGUUAUUUAUUAGCUGUCAUGACUUAGCCCCCUUUGCUCCCUCCCAGUGUCUUCACUGUUACCCGCUUUUAAGGUUCGGCACAAACAUCUGGCCGCACAAUUAAUGGAAUCGUUCGAGUUUCCUCGAGCCAUCGGCUUAAACCUGGUAAGCUUUCCCAUGUCAAAAGAACCAGAUUGGUGAGCCAUUAAAACUGUAUAAGUGCGGCAAUUUUGCCGGUAGGAGCCAUCGCCCUAACAAAGAGAUGUAGGAAAAUCGAGUAACUUUUGAAUAGCUUUGUAGAGAGUCAACCAGGCUAGCUUCAGUGACAUGGUUUCACAGUUAUCUCAGCCUGUCUGUCUGUUUGCCAUAUCUGCUGUGUGUAUAUACAGGGUAGCGUUGUGGCUAUAACGUUUACAAUCUUAUCCAGAGCCUCAGUGCGCUUAAGUCAAUAGCACACACACUUGAUAUCUAUGCGAUGUAUGCAUCUUGUGUGUACGUGUCCUAACCUGAGGCAGAUGCUUUACAGAUUUGCCUUUUUUUCUUUCUUUCUUGUUUUUUUUUUUUUUUUUUUUACAAUGUUACAAUUUACAUUUUCAUCCAAAGCGAUGUGUAUCUGAGAGGUAGCUGGCUUGUAUAGCAUUAGGAGUCUAAGCCACGGACCCUUACUGGACUCUUGUCCCAACUGGGGUUUGAACCCCGAUCUCCAGCGGCAAAGCCAGCUUCAUUACCUACUGAUCUGUCCAGCUCAGUAGGUAAUGGUUUAUUUCCCCUCGCUCAUUCUUCUCUUGCCCCUGCCCCCAGGACAGAACCACAGAAAUGACAAUGAGGUACAUGUUUACUGUUGCCGGUGUAGCUGAUAGUAAUGUAAUGUGACCCGUAACACAUUUCUGAAAGAAAGCCAAUCAAAUGUGACCGAAAUGAUCAUAGUAUAUUUAUUUCAUAUCGUCAAUAUGGAUAAACGGUAAUGUACUGUUGACGUGUGACAUGGGUUUUGUUCAUCGUAUCAACAGGUUAUGAACUUGACUUUUCUUUUGUGACAUGAAUCACCCAUUUUUAUUUUAUUUCUGUUGAAUGUAGAGUGAUGAUGGUAUUUGCCAGAAGAAAAAAAAACCUUGGCAUUUCCUUUAACAAACGGACAGCACCCACUUGAAUUUACUGCUGCAGUACAGUUUUCAGUCAGCGCAUUAUAUUGAGCUUGAGAAUGAAAAGCAUUGUGCUCUGAAAACCAAUGCUGGGAAACGCGUUUGGGAUCCUAUUUGUCCCACAUCUGGUUGGGUAGGGAGUUUCCUCCGCCGCACACGUGAGAGGUCAAUAUGGAUGUUAGCGCAACAUCCUGCGGCGCUUAUUUGUUACAGUCUAAUCUACAUGUAUAUACUGAGUCCGUGCUGCAGAUGCUCUAGCUGGUUGUAUGUGGCUAUAUGUGCAGAUAUGGGAGAUGUGAAAGAUGUGUGCUCCGAACAACAGGUUGAUGGCUUCGCCUUCAGCCCCCUAGGUCAAAGGUGCAGGACGUGCAGAAUUUGUGGAUGAAUUCCUUUCUCCUUCCUCUUUUCAUGAGCAAGUUCCAUAGGUUAGGGAGGCAUUGUGAAAGUCGUCGUAUCUAUCCAGCUGUCAAGUCUUUCCUACUGACUUAGAGUUGAGUUGUGUUUCUAGGCCUGUCGCUUGUAACCACUGCUUCGUUUGAGACGUCAUGCUUUUAUUGUGAAAAGACCUGGGCUCCUUUCAGAAGACCCUGGCUUUUUUCGCAAAGGUUUUUGUUCAGUUUCCAUUGAAACUUUGUCCUUGGCAGCUUUGUCUGUUGAGAGCUCAUCACUUUUUUUCCUUUUCUUUUGUUCGUUGUUUAUUCUUUUAUUCACUCUUAUCCGAUAUCUUAGAAUUGUUUCUAUUUAAAUGUAUGUAGUGUUUUGGACAUUUUUCACUGGUUCUGCCUUGUAAGUCAUAAUUUAGAUGUUGAAUUUAAUGUAUUUUAUUCUUUAAAUGUACCAUUUUAUAAAUUGUGUAUCCCCACCCCCACUAUAUAUAUAUAAAAAAAAUUGGGUUUCCUCCGGGGGCUCCGGUUUCCUCCCACAGUCCAAAGACAUGUAAGUCAGGUGAAUUGGCGGUACUAAAUUGUCCCUAGGUAUGAAUGUUUGUGUGUGUGUGUGUCGGCCCCGUGAUGGCCUGGCGGCCUGUCCGGGUGUCUCCCCGCCUGCCGCCCAAUGACUGCUGGAAUAGGCUCCAGCAUCCCCGCGACCCUGAGAGCAGGAUAAGCGGUUAAGCUAAUGGAUGGAUUUUUUUUUAGUGCCCCCCCCCCCCCCCACACACACUACAUUUUACAAAAGCAAACCUCUUGCGUCACCAAAUGAUCCAUCCUGGUUAGUUGAGAUCCUGCUUGACAAAAUGUCCCCCGUGUUUAUGGAAACGAUGGUUUCUACCAAACAAAUGACUGUUAAAAGAUGGUCUCUAAAUUAUGUAUUUUUAUUUUUUUGCCCGUACACAUUUCUCAAUACUAUAAUUUGUCAAUGGCUUACUCCUUGUGAUUUUCUUUUUUGUUUGUUUGUUUUAUUCUAUUACCUUACUUACUCUAGUUUGUACAGUAUUUGUGUAUAACUGUAUUUGUAUAAUGCUGUAAAUUAUACAAAUGUACACUCAUUUGUUUUAAUAGGAUUUAACCCAGAUGAUCACUUGAAAAGAAGCUUUUGUAAAAUGUGCUUCUUGGAAUUUCAUUUGGCUUCCCCCCCCCCCCCCCUCAUGAGGGCGAUGAUCUAAACUGGAAUCCUUUGGCCGCUGAAUGGUUACGGGGCAUACCGCGUAACCGCAACGUCCCUGGUUCGAUUCCAGCCAGCGACCUUUGUUGCACGUCUCCCCUCGUUUCCUCUCCACCACUUUACCAUCUGUCCAAUAAAGGCAAAAUGGCAAAAAGAAAAAGUUAAAUUGGAAACUUUAGUCCGCUCCACACAAGUAUUAGGGUUUUUGUGAGAUGAAAAAUGAAAGUUACUUUAUUCGACAUUGUAUUCUUACAAUGAAUGUGUUCUCUGCAUGUAACCCAUCCUAUUGUAUAGGAGCAGUGGGCAGCUGCAGCGCCCGGGGAUAUGAGAAACAGAUAUGAGAACUGCCAAGGUAUUGGCAUUACUGAAGCAUUUCUGCUUCGAUUUAAACACUACAACAGCUCCAUUGUGUAUCCUGUAAUCACCGUUGUUCCAAAUCUGCAGCUUUGUGUGCUAAUGAAUUUCAGAUAUCUCCAACGUCUUGGGAAAGGAGGGUGAAAGUUUUAUGUGGAGCAGGAACCCGUGGUCACUUUUGGUGAAGCCAUUGUUUCUAGAGGACGAGCUCGUUCAGAAACUUUUGCCUGAAAUAAGAUUUUUAAAAAAGAAACCCCAGCUCUCUCUGCCUCAGAGGCUUCAGGGCAAGUAAAUCUAGACCGGGGCCUCAGUUCUAAUGUAUUUGAAAUCCUUUCAAAUACUUGUUGAGCUGCUCACAUUACAGAUGAGUAUUUGAAUGGAUCUCUGAUGCGGUGUACAGCUGUUCUUCGUACGGAGCCCCUUCUGCCUUUUGGAAAUCCAACACUUUCACCACCACCACCCACCAUACUAUUUCUUUAUCAAUAUUGAUGUUUUAUUUAAUUGUUUUGUUGUUUGUCUCUUUUUUUGUCUUUAGCUUUAGCUCCUGUAAAUAUGGCUGUCAUGUAUAAAAAAAAGCUGUAUUUUCAAUGUUGUCUUUUUUUCUAAUAAAAAUGAU